AAGAUUUCAAAAAUGAGAAAGGGAGAUCCACGAUAGCUUUCUUCUGAUCAUUCGCGAUACGCCUGCCAAACUUGACCUCGCUCGUUGGGGGGGCCUAUCCUCCUCAUCCAUUUCUUCCCUUUCUCUGACUAAAGCGACCGAUCUUUCUCACGCUCUCAUUGUUCGUUUUCGUUUUCGAACGAACCUUCCCAUCUCCCUCCGUACAUACCUCUUUGGAGAGGAGAAUUUUCUUGGUACUUGAAUUGUUUAUGUUUCAAUUUACCUAACCAAAUUCAACGGAAUCGAAUAAAAAGGUGGGGCUGAUAUCACUGAAGACUGAGAUCCAGCCAUGGUGAUUCCCGGUCCUUACGAACAGAGCUUGCCGGCGGUUCCAGAAUGGCUGAACAAGGGGGACAACGCAUGGCAGAUGACAGCUGCGACUCUAGUAGGCCUCCAGAGCAUGCCGGGCCUCGUCAUCCUCUAUGGUAGCAUCGUUAAGAAGAAAUGGGCCGUAAAUUCGGCCUUCAUGGCGCUUUAUGCCUACGCCGCCGCCCUCAUAUGUUGGGUACUAGUAGGCUAUCGUAUGGCUUUCGGUGAUAAGCUCUUCCCUUUCUGGGGCAAGGGUGCUCCUUCCCUCGGACAGAAGUUCUUAAUCGACCGAGCUGCUGUGCCUGAGAGCACCCACAGGUACAAGAACGGCACGGAGGAGACGCCAAUGACCGAGCCCUUCUACCCCAUGGCCUCCCUCGUCUACUUCCAGUUCCAAUUCGCCGCUAUCACCCUUAUCCUACUAGCUGGGUCCGUCUUGGGUCGCAUGAAUAUUAAGGCCUGGAUGGCUUUUGUCCCCCUAUGGCUUAUCUUUUCCUACACCGUCGGUGCUUUUAGUCUCUGGGGUGGCGGAUUUCUCUACCAUUGGGGUGUCAUCGAUUACUCCGGCGGUUAUGUCAUCCACCUCUCUUCGGGAAUUGCCGGGUUCACCGCAGCCUACUGGGUAGGACCAAGGCUUAGGAGUGAUAGAGAGAGGUUCUCGCCAAACAACGUCUUACUAAUGCUCGCCGGGGCUGGGCUACUGUGGAUGGGUUGGUCAGGUUUCAACGGCGGUGCCCCUUAUGCCGCUAACAUCGCCGCCUCUGUUGCUGUGCUGAAUACCAACAUAUGCGCGGCCACAAGUCUUCUCGUAUGGACAUCUCUUGACGUUGUCUUCUUUGGAAGACCCUCGGUGAUCGGAGCCGUUCAAGGCAUGAUGACCGGUCUUGUUUGCAUCACUCCGGGAGCAGGGGUGGUGCAAUCGUGGGCGGCGAUAGUGAUGGGGAUAAUGUCCGGCAGCGUUCCAUGGUUCACCAUGAUGAUCCUCCACAAGAAGUCCUCGUUCCUACAGAAGGUGGAUGACACGCUAGGGGUAUUCCACACGCACGCGGUGGCGGGGCUGUUGGGAGGAGUCCUGACAGGGCUAUUGGCGGAGCCGGUUCUGUGCAGGCUGGUCUUACCAGUAUCCAACUCGAGGGGUGCAUUUUACGGUGGAGGAGGAGGGGUGCAGUUGGUGAAGCAAUUGGUUGCGGCGAUGUUCGUGAUCGGGUGGAACAUAGUGUCGACGACGCUUAUUCUUCUAGGGAUAAGGUUCUUCGUGCCCCUAAGAAUGGCGGAUGAGCAGCUGGUGAUAGGAGACGAUGCGGUGCACGGAGAAGAAGCAUACGCACUUUGGGGUGAUGGAGAGAAGUAUGAUGCCAACAGACACGGGUGGCAUGGAUCCUCGCAUCCCAUUUCUGAUGAACCAGAACUCUCCAACCAUGUCAAAGGUGCAAGAGGUGUAACCAUUCAAUUGUAAGUUUUGGUUGUUGGUUAUUGGUCAUUUUGGUAUGACCGAAGGCGUCUGUGAGACAGUGUGAGAGUCGUAUAACUAUAAGGUCGUCUCGUCGAUCUGUUAUUCAUUUUUCUUUCGUUUUUUUUUUUUUUUCUUCUUAAGAUUAAGAAUAUGUGUACAUAGACGAUCAUCAGGCUGUAAUUAAAAUCGGUGAGAAUUACGGACAGGGUGGAAAUUGAUGAGAAGGUGCUUACUAUGCGAAUCAAUUAAUCAAUCAAUAAAUCAAUCUUCGGCUUCUUCUUCUUCUUCGUCGUUAUCGUCGUUCUAUAGGAAUCAGGGUGGUUUAAGAGUGCGUGAUGGUAUCAUCCUGAUGGGAACGACGGUGAAAUAAAGACUGAACCUUCAGCUAAUUAAGUCCAAUUGGUGGCCUCCCGGUGUCUCUGUGUCUUCUACUCUGCUUGAUGGUUGAUGCCAAGGAGCCGAGCUGCCGAGGUAUGUUUUAUUGUUAUGUAAAUAAAGUCAAGGUCAAAAAAAGACAAAUGGGACAAAGCAAAGAGAAAGAGAAGGUGAGGAAUAAAAGGUUGAAGAUUCCUUGGAAUUUAAUUUAA